UAUGACCUAACUAAUUAACUAUUUUCCGGGUAGUGUCCCAGGCCGGGAAAAUCCCCUCACCGUUUUCUGGGAGAGAGAGAGAGAGAGAGAGAGAGAGACGAAGGGCAUUCUUCCUCUUUUGCUCUCUUCCUCCUCAAUCGUUCUCUUCAAGUUAUACAGUCAAUUCUGCGUUAUAAAUCGUAAGGGGAUGAAUCGAGGUGUAAUGAGCCAUUCAUAGUUAAUCCAGAAUUAGACAUCUUUUGAGGCCUAAGUUCAUCACCAGGAGUUUUGUUUGUCUGGCUAUAUAACAAGAGUAUUACUGCACCAUUGGUUAUCAAACUUCUACUGUUUACCAUGUGGAGUUCCUUCUCGAAUGCUAUUGUAACCUCCAGGCGGAAGAAAAAUAUCGUUGAGCCAAGUCGAGCUAGUUCAGAUUUCUCGGAUGAUGACACCUCUUCAAAUGCCAUCGCAGAGGAAGGUCUGGAAUGCCCAAUAUGCUGGGAAUCAUUUAACAUUGUUGAGAAUGUGCCUUAUGUCCUGUGGUGCGGCCACACCCUCUGCAAAAAUUGCGUCUUGGGAAUCAAUUGUGCUGUCUUGAAAUUCUCGAAUCAACAAGUCCAGAUUCCGUUCCUCAUUUCUUGCCCAUGGUGCCACUUGUUAACGCUGCGUCUGGUUUACCAAGGAAAUCUAAGAUUUCCUCGCAAGAAUUUCUUCCUGCUUUGGAUGAUUGAGAGCCUAAAUGGUGACAGGAUGAAAUCUCCUUUGUCUGUGAGGGGGAACUUUCAAUCAGUUUGGUCGCCGAGUAGCCCCUCAGCUAUUGGAAACCAAGCAACCAACAGUAACUUCAGAAGGGCCUCGCAUACCCAUCGUUUAGGCCGCUUGGAGUCGGACAAUAAUAAUGGUAGCCGAACCAAUCAUAGCCUUAAUGUCGAGAGGUCCCAUCUCUCCCUUCAUAAAUCCCUCGAUUUCUUCAUCCAUCUCACGACGAAGUUCCCACUGGCUAUUAUACUGUUUCUGAUAUUUUUUGUUGUGUUCCCUGCCAGUGCUACCAUUUUGAUCCUUUACCUGCUAAUUACAGUUCUUUUUGCACUCCCCUCUUUUCUGGUACUCUACUUCGCUUACCCUAUUUUGGAGUGGCUUAUAAGAGAAAUCACCUCUUGAAAUAAUCGCCUUCGUUCUAACAAACAAGAGAAAGUGUGUAGCCUGUACAUGACUUGACUUUGCUGUUGUUAUGGUGACAAUGUAUUUGCUGGACAUAUUCCACUGUAAAAUGCUACUAUCUCAUUUGAAAUUGUGUUAGCUUGUUCUUAAUUCAGUUCUUUGAUGUCGAGAACUUUUACGGA